AUGUGUAAACCUGAUGAAAAACCUUUACCAGAUCCGGCUGUUGUUGGUGCAAUGGAGGCUCUAAAGGCAGCCUAUGAGAAAAAAGUGGUGCCAUCUGAAAUGCGUUAUUUAUACAGUGAAUUCGAUACUCCACCAUUGCGUGAUCAAGAAUUUAUGGGUAAACCAACGAUAUUAUUACUUGGUCAGUACUCAGUAGGUAAAACAUCCAUGAUCUCAUAUCUGUUAAACGGUAAUUAUCCUGGUGCUGAUAUCGGUCCUGAACCAACAACUGACAUUUUUGCGCAUGUCGAUUAUAGCGAAAAAGCACAGACAAUAUCGGGUAUAACCUUGGCUUCUGAUCCGAAUUAUCAAUUUCAGUCAUUGAGUAUAUUUGGUGAUGUAUUUCUGAACAAAUUGAAAGCUACACGUUUCAGUGCACCACUUUUGAAACACAUCUCUAUCAUUGAUACACCUGGUAUCCUUACCGGUGAUAAACAGGUAGAGAAUAGAGGUUAUGAUUUUGCACAAGUUAUCAAAUUUUUAUCCAGCAAAGUUGAUUACAUAUUUUUGCUAUUUGAUGCUAAUAAGCUUGAUAUCAGCGAUGAAUACAAGCAGGUCAUACAAAUUUUGGAAGGUAAUGAAGAUAAAAUUAAAAUCAUUCUGAAUAAAGCCGAUUGGGUCAGUCCGCGUGAAUUAGUUCACGUACGUGGUGCACUAAUGUGGGCACUAGGAAAAAUUAUGCGUUGUCCUGAAGUGCCCAAAGUUUUCAUUGGCUCAUUUUGGCCAUACUGGUCCAACAAAAACACUCUCCUGCGUGAUGCAAUUAAAGAAGAUCUAACAGCUGUUGUUAAAGAAAUUGCUGAUUUACCUAAUUCAUAUCACCGUAGACGUGUCAAUGAUGUGGCAAAACGAGCCAGAAAUGUACGGAUUCAUGGUUAUGUAAUGGAUGAAAUCAUGAGAAGAAAGCUAUUUUUCACCAAAACUUCAACAGCAACCGAUACGGAAACGCAACCACAUAAAUUGCGUGACGUAUACAAAACUUUGGCAAUAAAUCGGCGAAUUGUCCUGAAUGAUUUUCCUGAUCCUGAAUUGUUUCAUAAAAAAGCUAAAAAAACUAAAGCAAAAGAUUGGGCACGAAUUGAUUACAAAUUAGAAAAAUUACUCAAUUCAUUCAUUGAAAAUGACAUUUCAUCAAUUGCAAAUGCAGCAAUAAAUGAAAAGGAAUGUGAAGUGAAAUUUCGAGUACCAAAAAAGGUACCACUUCCUGAGGAUUAUAACAAAUUGGUAAAAAGCAAAAAAUUGCCUGAAUUUCUUGCUGAAAGUUCGCAAAAUCAAUCAUUAAAGGAUGAGAAAAAGUUAUCCGAGAAGGAUUAUUCCAAAGGAAAAAGUGCUAAACAGUCAAAAGAUGAAAAUGUUAGAAGCAAAAAUGAGAAAGAUAAAAAUGGGAAAAAUGAUGAGGAAAUGAAAAAACAUGAUAAAGCAACGAAAAGCUCUAAUGAAUCAAAUCAAAAAUCAAAACAGCGAAAUGUAAAAAGUGAAAAAAAUUCAAAAAGUGCACAAAUGGAAAAUCCUCUAAAAAGCAGUAAACAUGAAGAAAGCAGUGAAAUGAAAAGUAAAGUUCGCAAAAAUCAAUCAUUAAAGGAUGAGAAAAAGUUAUCCGAGAAGGAUUAUUCCAAAGGAAAAAGUGCUAAACAGUCAAAAGAUGAAAAUGUUAGAAGCAAAAAUGAGAAAGAUAAAAAUGGGAAAAAUGAUGAGGAAAUGAAAAAACAUGAUAAAGCAACGAAAAGCUCUAAUGAAUCAAAUCAAAAAUCAAAACAGCGAAAUGUAAAAAGUGAAAAAAAUUCAAAAAGUGCACAAAUGGAAAAUCCUCUAAAAAGCAGUAAACAUGAAGAAAGCAGUGAAAUGAAAAGUAAAGAUGGCAGCACUUCAUUACCGAAAAUACAAGAAAACAAUAAUGUUGGUAAAGUAUCAAAUCAAAAAGAAGCCAAGAAAACUUUUGCAUAA